AUGCUCCGGAACGAGACCCUGCGAGGCCUGCUCAUCAACUUCUGCGAGGAGUCUCUGUGCGGCGAGAGCGUCGACUUCCUCGUGGACGUGACGAUCAACUACGAGAGCCUGAGCGACCCGGACGAGCAGUUCGGAGCGCUGUCGGACAUCGUCGAGAACUACCUCGCCGAGGGCUCGGCCAACGAGGUCAAUGUCAGCAACGCCCACAGGAACGCUGCGGCAGUGUGGCUGACCAAGCGCGAGGAGUUUCUCGCGCUGGAGGGGGAGACUAGGGCGCACGUCCUGGAUCUACAGCGUGACGAAAUAGCCAAGAUGCUCGCGGAGAACCUCCUGGUGAAGUUCAAGCAAGCGCCGUUGACCAUCGCCGCGAUGCGUGCAUUGAAGGGAUUGAAGGCGCCGGAUCACGACCCAGAGGUGGCAGCGGGCGAGAACACGUUGUUUGGGGAGGAAGGCAGCAACGUCCAAGACGAGGGCAUGCGGAUCAUGCUCCAGGCGUCAGCGGCGGCAGAGGUGGCCAGAAUCCAACGCAUCUCCCGCGUCGGAGGCGACAAACUCAUCGGAAGCCCCGGGGAAGGGGUCGGAGGGCUCAAUUCCAGACCAUUGAUAAGGAACGAUCUGACGAGAGACCGCCAAUCCAGCUUUGAAGACGUCAGCUUCGACGGCAGCGACUCUUUCACGAUGUACUCGGUCGACACCUAGCCCCGGACCUUCCCGUACUGAAGUGUGCAAUGUUUCACUGGAGACGAGGCGAAAUCGCGUGAAUGUGUAGAUUAUUGUGAGAUGUCACGGGGACAGUUGGAUACGUGUACAUGGGCAACACGAAUUAAGGACAGAAUUAUUCGAAGUACCGAAAACGAGUGGUAGUUCUACUGCUGUAACGCGCGCCCUGCGUGUACAUGCCCCCACGUCAGAUGUGAUGCAUGGCGUCCAUCACGUCGUCUACUCUCCCUCGAUUCGGAUUGAAAACGCGAUUGACUCUCUGUUCUCUGGCGAUAUGAGAGAAGCGUAGUAAGUGAGAGACCUCGCAUGCGCGAAAGGCCGACGGGGACAACAUCUUUUUGGUGACACAAGAACCGUGACCACAAAAAGUUGUAGGCGGACACCUUCCUUGUCAAGCCCCGACUGUUUUAACUGUGAGUAUGCAUAGGGUCAUCCGCAGAAGGGUGUAGACGGAGACCUCCAGAUGUCCACAAUAGAUGAGACAAUAAAAUGAUAGACGCAACAAAGUGCAUUUUGCGGCCGCCGACCGUAGCUGAUCAUUGUUGGGAUGUAACACUCUCGCCAUCCGCGACCGCUCUUGUAUAUUCUGCGGUCGCGAUCCUCUUUUUUAUUACUUCUCCCAACCCAACGCUUAAUCUUCCGGUUCAACUCCUUCUCCUGCACCCCCAUCCUCGUGUCGCUCCUUGCCGGUGGUGCCCGCGCCAAAACAUAAUCCCUGCCACGCAGAGAGCACAACCGGAGACUCUAGCCGGGUUCCACUCACUCACGUGGCACUCGCGGCCUCAAUCCAACCAUUGUAAUCGAAGCUCGCUCGCACCGGUUCUCUACCCUUUCCACAGCGUUUGUACCCUCUCGCCCACCUCUCCCGCAUCGCAAAGUGCCGUACAACAACGCCGUCUACGACCAUCCGAUCAUAUCAUUAACCCUGAGCGCGCGGUGCCCGGCGAGCCUGCCGCCCUAGCCAGCUUGCGCACCCGCCACUACCCAAAAUAAUACAACCCAGUGGGAAAAUGCCUGCUGUACGCAACGCCAAUAACAUUGCUGCUACAAACCCGCCCGGAUGCAAGUCCUACAUUUUUCUGUACGCUCUCUUCUGAGAACGACAGAGAGAGGUGCCGCUGCCACCCCCCC